ACUGCAUGAUGAACCUUUGGUUGGAUUCGAGUCCCCUAAAAUUCAAUCACAUUUCAUGCACUCGAUCAGUGUCAUAUCUUACAUUACCUUAUAUGUUUUGUUCAAUUAGUAAAGGUACUUUAAGAUCAAAAUAGUCUUAUUUUAAGACCAAAACACAUGUAAGGGUAUUUUGAAAUAAUGCUAAGUAAACACUAUUUCAAUGCUGAAAUGAGAAUUUUUUUUUUUAAGUUUAUUUUUUCAUCCAUAGUUUGAAAAAGGCCAUGUUUGCAUAAUUCGCCCUAUAUAGGGGGUUAAUUUGCAUCCAAUUUCCAUCCGCAUUUUCGUGAAAUCCUGCUUGUACCAUUGUUUGCGUCCUUCCUUCAAUUGCCCUUUUAUUUUAUUUAGACCUGUUAAAUUCGCCGGCAAUAAAUCCAAACAAAGUCCCAGGUAAUCGGAAAGGGUUAAUGGGAACUCGUUCGCUCUUCCUUGGUCUGACACGACAAUGUAUCAGCGAAAAGUUCGCCUUCAGAUUGCUCUCUUCAAGGACUCUGAGAAGCGAAGUACUCGAAGAGUCGCCGAAUUCUCCUGAAAACGAUGAUUUGAAGAGCAGGAUCUUCAAGCUCAGACUUCCCAAACGAAGCGUCACGAACGUUCUUCAGAGAUGGUUGGGUGAAGGCAACCAAGUUCACAUUUCUGAGCUUCGAAACAUCUCCAAAGAACUCAGGAGAGCGCAGCGUUACAAACACGCCCUAGAGAUAUCGGAGUGGAUGGUUUCUCAUGAUGAAUUUGAGUUAUCAGAUUCUGACAAUGCAGUUCGAAUUGACUUGAUGACUAGAGUUUUUGGUAUUGAUGCUGCUGAGCGCUACUUUGAAGGUUUACCUUCUGCAGCAAAAACCAGUGAAACCUACACCGCGCUUCUUCACUCUUAUGCAGGGGCAAAACUAGCCGAGAAGGCUGAGGAACUCUAUGAAAGAAUUAAGGAGUCAAAUGUACCAUUGAACAUCCUUUUAUACAAUGAGAUGAUGACUUUGUACAUGUCAGUUGGUCAGGUGGAGAAGGUUUCUUUAGUUGUUGAAGAGCUAAAACGCCAGAAGGUUGUACCGGAUCUCUUCACUUACAAUCUAUGGGUAAGUUCAUGUGCUGCAACUCUGGAUAUUGAUGGAGUUAGAAGGAUUCUCAAGGAAAUGAGUAAUAACUCUAGUGCUAAUGAUGGUUGGGUAAGAUACAGGAACCUUGCCAACAUAUACAUCAUGGCAGGUCAUCUUGUAAAUUCAGCGUCCAACUCUGUAGUGGAAGCUGGGACGAAUACUACACAGAGAGACUGGAUAACAUAUGACUUCCUUAUUAUCCUGUAUGCAGGAUUGGGAAACAAAGAUAAAAUUGAUCAAAUAUGGAAAUCUUUAAAAAUGACUAAACAAAAAAUAAAAAGUAGAAGCUAUGUGUGCAUUCUUUCUUCAUAUGUGAUGCUUGGUCAUAUUAAAGAUGUAGGAAUUGUUAUUGACGAGUGGAAGAAAUCUACCACCACAGAUUUUGAUAUCUCUGUCUUCUAUAGACUUUUGGAUGCAUUCGCAGAACUAAGGUUGAUUGAGGAAGCUGAAACUUUUCAUAAGCUUCUGAUUCGGAAGAGCUGCCUUCCCACAGAUGAAUCAAGAUGAGUGCAGAUUUGAUUUUUUAUGCAGCAACGCCCUAUGAGCAGAUUUAUGGUGUUUGCGCAAGGGAGGGAAGAACGGUACAGUUGCGGCACUCACGGGAAAUCCAUACGCCGGGCAGAGUAUCCAAAUAGUCCUUUUGUUUCCAUGUCCUUGUAUAAAUCACAAACAAUGUUUCCUUUUAGCUUUUCUAUUUCAAUCAUUAGCUCCAGCCCUUUUUUUGAGUUGACGCUUUUCCAUUAUUUCUGAUCGAAAAGCAGAUGUAAUUUUUUACUAUUUCUGGAUGAGAUUAUUCUAAAUGUCCAUGGUUGUUGGAAAGA